AGGAGGUUGGUCUAUUUUAUCAUACUCGAUGCCUGGAUGCCUGCUAUUCUGAAUGCUGUGCUGCCUCCAGGAAUCCCUUUUCCGACCGGUAAUCCGACCCACGGAGCCACUCUGGAGGAUGAUAUCCGGGGUCGCAGUGGCCAUCUCAACUGGGGUCCAAACCCUCCAGGCGCCUUCUCUGCUACUACUAGUGGCUAAUCUGGAAUCAUUCCCCCCUGCCAACUAGACACCUGAGGAGAAGAUACUUUGGCAGGUCCAACUUCUCCGCAUCCCCUUCCGAUAGAGCUAGACCGACUCUUGCUGGAGCUUCUCGUCGUGCGGUUAAAUUGCACGUCCUCGCUGUUGUCGUUCCCUCUCACUGUCCUCAAUUCUCCUCGCAUCUUCUACAGACUGUUUCACAACAUCCCCCCACCCACCCUUUCUCUAACUCAAUUCCUCUUCUACACUCUUCUCCUCUUCCUCCUUUACUAUCACAAUGUCUGCCAGAAAGCUUAAGGUUGGAUGUGCCGGUCUGGGCCGCAUGGGCAAGCGUCAUGCCCUCAACUUUUUGCAGCGUACUCCCCGUGCAGACCUCGUCGCCGUUAGCAGUCCGGAUGACUCGGAGCUGGAAUGGGCCAGGGCCAACCUUGGUCCGUACGGAGUCACGGUUUACAAGAACUAUGAGGACAUGCUGAAGCACGAAGGCCUGGAGGCCGUCGUCGUUGCAUCCGCGACCGCCGUGCACGCUGAACAGGCCAUCAAGGCCAUUGAGGCUGGCAAGAACGUUCUCUGCGAGAAGCCUUUGUCGACCAGUGUCGAGAUCUCCGAAACCGUCCUCGAUGCAGCAGCCAAGAAGCCCGAACUGAAAGUGAUGUGUGGUUUCUCCCGUCGCUUCGAUGCCUCCUACCGUGACGCAUUCAACAAAAUGUCCGCUGGUGGAAUUGGUUCUCCCUCCGUCAUGCGCAGUCAGACCUGCGACAAGCUGGACCCCACCGGGUUCUUCGUCGCCUACGCCGAGUUCUCGGGAGGUAUCUUCGUGGACUGCUCCAUCCACGACAUCGACCUGGCUCUGUGGUUCUUCGGUCAGGACAGCAAAGUCAAGUCCGUGUCCGCAGUGGGUAUCACCGCCGUUGAGCCCGACCUGCGCAAGUACAACGACCGCGAUAACGCCGUCGGUCUGGUGGAGUUCCACAAUGGCAAGAUCGCCUACUUCUAUGCCUCGCGCAUGAUGGCCGCCGGUCAGGAAGACACCACCGAGAUCAUCGGUACCAAGGGUAAGCUGGCCGUAAACACCCAGCCUGCUCUGAACCUGGUCAACAUCUUCGGCGAGACCGGUGUCCGUCGCGAGAUCCCCCAGCACUACUACGACCGCUUCGAGUACGCCUUCGUCACCGAGGCGAACGAAUUCACGGCCUCCUGUCUCGAGAACACUCCUGUCCCUCUGAAGCUCGAAGGCGCCGUCCAGGCAGUCCGCAUCGGCGCUGCCCUUCAAGAAUCGCUGAUCACAGGCGAGAAGAUCUUCUUCGAUGAGGCUGGCCAGCGUCUUCCCAAGGCAAGACUUUAGAGAGAUAUGAUAGACACGAUAGAUUCCUGUUAUGACUAGCAUUUUCUUC